GCUCAUUGGCAGCACGAGUAGCGGACGCCAGUCGGCGCGCACAGCCCCUAGGCCGCUCUGCACUCCGUGAUAGCGCAGUACACCUUCCUAGCACGCGCGCCAACCAUCACAAGCCUUUUUCACACGUAGCACAGUCGCCUGCCAGUGGCUUGUGGGUGGACGGGCCACCUGCUGCAACAGGCGCACACAGGGGAGGGCGCCCCGCACACGCCUCCGCCUGUAGGAAACCCCAUUCCCCCAGUCAGGCCCAGCCAACUGCAGACGCCAAAGCAGCACAUAUUGCGAGUGUGAUUGCUCGUCGGCGACUCGGAAUGGCGGCUGGGGCCAUUAAGGAGCGCCACACUUGGGAAGAACUGCAGACCGUCAUCGGCUCGAAAGACCCAGAGGCACUGGGCAUCCUGGGCCGCAGCCAAGAGCAACUAGAUAUUUAUAUACAGCAGCGAACUGAAAUCUUGAAGGAAUGGGCUAGCGUCGGAGACAGUCUGCGAUAUCGACUGUUUGGAUCCCCCACGAAGCUUAACGAGGAGGGCAAGUUGGUGGUGGAUAGCGACAAUGACCACACCGCGCGCGAUUGCCACAUCAUGGUCAUGCGCAACGAGUUCGGUUACUUCCUGGAUGAGGGGCUGGAGCACAUCAACAUCUGGUGCUCCGACCGGCCGCUAUCAGCCGAGGUGAUUGAGGCCAUUAUUCGAGAGCGUCUUCCCUGCGAGGACUACCUGUGGUUUGUAAACCCACCGCAGUACCAGAGCAUCAAGGCGAUCUGGCACGCACAUGUGAUGGUUAAGGGCCUGAAAGAGGAGGGGUCACAUAUUAGCGCGCCAGGCGAGGUGGAGAUUCUUGAUCCGGAGAAGUACUUGCGGGCCAUGCAGCGGCAGGCGGAAGAGGGUCGGGCCGGGCGGGCGACGCCUGAAGAUGUGCACGGAGCGGACGGGAGAUGAGGCGCAAGCGAUGCCCGGCUGCCGCGAGACAGCGGCAGGAGAACUCCAGGUCUGGCAGAAUGCGCGCGCGCAAGCAGCUGCCGCCGCGCCGUUAGCCAUACGGUACUCGAGCGAUGCAUGACUGGGCCUAUAGUUGAGUGCAAUUCUUGCCUGCCUUUCGGCGCAGGCAGCCCGGUCACAGGCAUGGGGUCCUUGCGGAGUGGCUUGAGUCGGCGGCUUUUGGGCUGGGCGGUGCGUAACAGGGGAGCGUGCAUAACCAGCGCUGGCCGCAGCGGCUGUGUGUCUGUGAGCAGUAAUGACACUGUUCAGGGGCUUAAAGCUGCUGGCGGACCGGCCGUAUCCAUAUGAAACAGCAGGCGAGUGGGCCAUCUCGUGUGGGGGCCAACGCAAGUGCAGUCGGAGAUGCCGGCCACGUUUCGGGGCGUGCCGUGCCGCCGCUGGUUGCUAGGCCCGUGCUGAAUGUCCAGUUUCGCUCGGCUGACAUCCUGAUGCCAAGCAGUGUGGCCGGUUGUUGGCUCGUCCAUUGGUUGCAUAUGCACGUUGCACACAGCCGCAACGGGCCGCGCUCGCUUUGAGUCCGUGUGCCACGGGGUGCGCCUGCCAGACGCGACGGGGCGUGCAGUGAUUUGCGCGUGCUAGUAGAGCAGGGAAAUCCCUAUUUGGGUCGGACGUGCAGUCUGGUAUUGGACGCCGCCGGGUAAAAGGCGGUGGGGAACCGGGGAAGGAGCCUUUGGGCACAGUUGCGCGUCCUGGGCGGACGGGCAUCGGCAGUAGCAGGCGGUGGUCCCAAAAAGGGUUUUGCUGACGAGUAGGGUUUCAAGUCGGCAGGCAUUGGCUGGGUCGUGACGUGUACAAGGUGUCAGUGCAAUGUGUGGCGUAACAGUUGUUACAUGCUUUGCAAUUCUUGAGGACGUGGAA